GAAUGUAACGAAUCUAACGUUGAGUUAAUGGAAACUAAAUCGAAAUCGAGGCUAUACAUGAAUCGCAAUCGACCCACGUGUGAUGAGAAUAUCUGUUUUACAUACGUGACACGAUUCGCCGCGAGCUGAUAUGUAAUGCGUGUUGCAUAGACGUCACGGAAUCGCAAAAAUCCAUAUAACAUUCAGUUUCCUUAGUGGUAGAUAUACCUGUCGCGAAACAAGAUAGCAACUGUGUUAGAUCGUCAUUUUUUUUACAUCGUUGUUGAUGGUGGCAUAUCACUCGUUUUGAUAAAUUUCUUGUUCCCGACAUUAAUAUUAAUAAGUUUAUUAAACGUGAGACUGCGUGUGUUUCAUUAUUUCCGAUAAAUAUUUCCGUUGCCUUGUUCUUGGCACAGAACUUCUUUACACAAACGCCUCUGGAUAAGAAAAAUUGCUGCAUGCGAUAGGAGAUUAUUUUUAUUUGAUAAAUAAUUUGUAAGUCUGUCGUAGAAGAUUAUUAAUUUAAGAAGAUGGUAUCGUCAACAAUAAUGGAAAAUGGGAAAUCCAUCCCAUCAAGGAAAUCUACUACAGGUAUUGGCCCAGGCAACUAUCGUUUAGUUGGUUGGGAUAUGGAUACUACAGGCAAAAAAGUUAUAGAUGAAAUAUGUCAAAUAGCUGGGUAUACACCUAGUUCUUCAUAUUCACAAUAUGUAAUGCCAUAUAAAGAUCUUAAUCCUCCGGCUAUAAAAAGGCAUAAUAUGAAGAUAGUAACUAUUGGCAAGUUUCGUGUACUUAAAGAUAGUACAACUAAUAAGGCACUAAAAACUAAAAGUGAAGUGUCUGCAUUAACAGAUUUUCUAACAUGGCUUUCCUCUAUAAGAGGAGACGCAGCGGAUGGUAUCAUAUUAGUUUAUCAUGAACCACGUAAAGUUAUUCCUGCUAUGUUAAUUGAAUCUUUAAAGAAAUAUAAUCUUUUGGAAAAAUUUAAAGAAAUUGUGAAAGGAUUUGCAAAUGGAUUUAAUGUCGCAGAAGUAAAAUGUGCAAACACAGUUCGUGCAUAUACUCUUAGGACAUUAUCUCAAAGUUUAUUUAAUCGAGAAAAUCAGUUAAAUAAUGCAAAAGACAGAGCAUGUUUGGCUUUACAAAUAGUACAACACUUGAGUUCACUAGAAGUUACAAAAGGAAAUGAAACAGAUGGUAGUGGUGAUAGUGAUAGUGCCAUGAAAAAUACUGUUGAAUUCAUUAGAGAAUUUGUUCAGCCAGUAGAAAUGGAAGAACAAGAAUAUGCAGAAUUAAAAAUAGUAUUUGAACGUCAAAAUACUUUAAGACCUAUUUUCGGGGCCCUAUUCCGCGUGAAUCGUCGAGAACGGCAACAUGCUAGUCCUUUACGUCGAUUGCUCGCCGAAGCAGGCAUAGAAUAUUCUCAAUUACAAGAAGCGUGGAAUAAUGGAAAGAAAGAAGGCUUAGAAAAAUUAAUUAAGGAAAAAUUAACUUCAACUGAAGAAAAGAAAAUCGAAGAUUUAUUGAUCGUCCUUGAAGAUCAUUUCGAUCCUAAUAAGAAACCCAAAUUAAGAAUAUCAAGAGAAAAGAAUCAGAUAAAGAUGGAAAAUUCUAUUAUUAAUGAGGAUAAAGAAAAUAAUAACAAAUGUGAUUCAAGUAUCGGAAGUCCGGAUACCACCACUCCUAAUUCGCCGCUUAAAAUUAAAUCCGAAUCUUCUGAAAGUAGUACAAUUAUAGCAGAGGAAUAAGAACUAAACAGUUCACUUCUUUUCUUCAGUGCCUUUUAACUAAUUAUAAGAUCAAUAUUGUUAUCAGUAACUGAGUUUAUAACCAUUCCGUUCAUUCUUAUCAUAACGUUAUUCUAGUGUGAUAAAGUAUGAGUGUUAUUUGUUGCAGUAUUGUAUUUAAGUUUUUAUUUUCGUUAUAACAGAGUAUAUAUUGUAUCCUUGAAGGAUAUGUAACUCGACUUAUUGCUAGUUAACAAAAACAUGUACAAAUAACACAUUAAUUAUUUUUUUAGUUUAUGAUAAAGGAAUAUUUAAUGUUCGUUUUUUUAACGGUUAAUUUUAUGCUCAUUGAUUUUUAUUUAAUCGGAUUAACGUUUAACGUUGUAACAAGUGAUUGUUUAGAGACUGUCGAUAUAGAAAUAUAUUCGGACGCUAAAGAUUUUUUGUUUUUCAUCAUUCUGAGAUUACCAUAAAAUAUUCUUUUUUUUACUUAAUGUUAGUAAGAUUUACGUAUAGAGUACAGAUAGUAAUAUUUGAAGAAAGAUAUAAUAUAUUUUUGUACGCCAAAGGUUUAAUAAAAUGAAUCAUGCACCAUGA